AUGGCUUCUGGACCAGAAGAUGAUCUCUCCUGCCCCGUCUGUUAUGACAUCUUUAAGGAUCCUGUUAUGCUGACAUGCGGCCACAGCUUCUGUAAAGUCUGUUUGCAGAGAUGGUGGAGAGAGAAACAAGAACAGGAGUGUCCAGUUUGUAAUGCUGUAUCUGGAAGUAACAACCCGCCUUGUAACCUGGCAUUAAAGAACCUGUGUGAGGCCUUCUUAAUGGAGAGAGAUCAGAGAGCUUCAGCAGGAUCUGAGCCUCUCUGCAGUCUGCACUCUGAGAAACUCAAACUCUUCUGUCUGAAUCAUCAGCAUCCAGUUUGUCUCGUCUGUCUGCAUUCAGAAACACACAAAAAACACAUAUUCAGAUCCAUCAGUGAAGCUGCACAAGAUCAUAAGGAGGAACUCCUGAAAUCAAUGAAGCCCUUACAGGAUAAAAUUAGGCUCUUUGAAGAAGUUAAAAGAAACUGUUAUCAAACAGCAAGACACAUGAAGGUCCAGGCCAGAGUCAUAGAGAGGCAGAUUAAGGAGCAGUUCAAAAAGCUUCACCAGUUUCUACAAGAGGAAGAGGAGGCCAGGAUCUCUGCUCUGAGGGAGGAAGAGGAGCAGAAGAGUCAGAUGAUGAAGUACAAGAUUGAGGGUCUGUGUAAAGAGAUAGCAGCUCUUUCAGACACAAUCAAAGUCACAGAGGAGGAACUGAGAGCUGAAGACAUUUCAUUCCUGCUGAACUACAAGGCUGCAGUGGAAAGAGUCCAGCAGCACCCCCUGCUGGAUGAUCCAGAGCUGGUCUUGGGAGCUCUCAUAGAUGUGGCCAAACACCUGGGCAACCUGACCUACAGCAUCUGGACUAAGAUGAAGGAGGUGGUCUCCUACACUCCUGUGAUUCUGGAUCCAAACACUGCUCAGUCAGACCUCAUCUUGUCUGAAGAUCUGAUCAGUGUGAGAAAUGGAGAGAGACAGAAGCUUCCUAAAAACCCAGAGCGGUUUGAUUUCUACCCCUCUGUCCUGGGCUCCGAGGGCUUUAACUCAGGGACUCAUACCUGGGAUCUUGAGGUUGGAAACAGUACAGCUUGGUUCAUCGGUGUGGCAACAGAGUCUGUCCAAAGAAAGUCAACAAUACAGGACAUAAAAGUUUGCAUUAAGUCUGGAUUAUGGGCAUUACUGCUCAGUAAAGAUAAAUAUUCAGCACUCUCCCCACAUUCCCACUUUCUUCUCUCAGUGAACAAGAAGCUGCAGAGGAUCAGAGUCCAUCUGGACUACAACAAAGGAAAACUGUCAUUCUCUAAUCCUGAUACUAACACACACAUGUACACUUUCACACACACUUUCACUGAGAGGCUGUUUCCAUUCAUUAGUGCUUUUGAUAAACACCCUCUGAAGAUAUUACCUGUGGUAUCUGAUAGUGAUGAUGAUGUUAGCAGUGGACCCAGUGUAUCUACAGCGUAA